GGACUUGAAGAGGCGGGGAGGAAAUCAAUGAGCAUCUGAUCCCUGGAAACUACAGUCGUGACACGAAGAGAUGUUGCGCUUCUUGCUUUCCCCCCUUCUCCCCCUGCCUACUCUACCCCGCACGGUGGGAGGAAGAGCCCCCGCAGAAAUGCAAGAAGCCCUAAUUUCCACUGGGUGGGAGGGGUGAGGAGAGGAGAGGAAGCAGGGAAGACAGAGAGAGCGGCGUGAUGCAGGGAUGGAGGACAGCAGGAGACCCCGUUAAAGCUCCCUGAAUCCUUCCAGGAAUCCGCGGUGCCUGACACACGUAUACAAGGCGGCAGGUUCGUUUUACGGGUGUACAGACCAACAGAGUUGGGGUAUAACGGAGAGUAUUGCAGGGUAAGACGUACUAAAUGUCUUGGUUGCCAAACAUUCACGGGAAUAAAAAAAACAAAACCAAAACCAUACUGUCAGCACCUGAAACACAGGUAUCACUUGGAAAAGAAAUGUCUCACGCAUGCGCAGCAGCUCGUGCGCGCUCUAAAUUCUAGGAGGCUGCCAAGCGCGCUUGCGCAAAGAUUCUCUUUCACUUAACCCUCUCUUCACCCCGCUCCUUGUAUCCCCCUCCCCGGUUUAAUUUCACCUUCUCAGGAUUAGUUUUACUUUUUAAAAAUAAGACGUUUUGAUUUAGGCCUGGGGCCUCGGGCGACGUCCGCAGCGGCUCGAUGACGUCACACACCGCCAUGUCAGGGGGCGGGGCCCGACGGCUGUUACUCCCUCCCCGAUCUUCCCGUGUUUUCCCACCGCACCUUUCUCGUUUCUGGCUUCGCCUCUCCCUUGCCCUAGGCCACUGGAGUUCCGGAAAGAGAACGUCCCCGGCGGAGGGCCGAGCGCGCGCGUCCCCGGAGCCCGCCCGGCCGUGGCGGCGGCGCGACUGAGAGGGCGGGAGUGGAGUGACUGGGCGGCCCCUACUUAUAUUGUGUCAAGGGGGGCAUUAUUCAACAUGGAUGUAUCCCAGGCCAGGAUUGGUAUGAUGGAGAAGAGGGAGGUGAAACGGGAACCGAGGUCAAGAAUGAAGCAUAUCAACCUGUCCUUUGCAGCUUGUGGAUUUCUGGGAAUAUACCACUUGGGGGCAGCAUCUGCACUUUGCAAACAUGGCAAACAAUUACUAAAAGUUGUAAAGGCCUUUGCUGGAGCUUCUGCAGGAUCUUUGGUUGCAACUGUUCUGUUAACUGCACCAGGAAAAAUAGAGGAAUGUAAUGAAUUUACAUACAAAUUUGCUGAAGAAAUUAGAAAGCAGUACUUGGGUGCCAUAACACCAGGUUAUGAUUUUAUGGCACAUUUAAGAGGAGGUAUGGAGACCAUUCUUCCUUCUAACGCUCAUGAGAUAGCAGAGAAUCGACUUCAUGUAUCUAUCACUAACACAAAAACCAGAGAAAAUUACUUAGUUUCACAUUUUUCCUCCAGGGAAGACCUCAUUAAGGUUCUCUUGGCUAGCAGUUUUGUACCAGUUUAUGCAGGCCUGAAAGCAGUGGAAUAUAAAGGAGAGAAAUGGGUUGAUGGAGGGCUUACCAGUAGCCUUCCUAUCCUGCCUAUUGGGCGAACAGUGACUGUUUCACCUUUCAGUGGUCGAUUAGAUAUCUCUCCAGAAGACAAAGGACAGCUGGAUCUAUACAUUAAUAUUGCAAAUCAAGAUAUCAUGUUGUCUGUGGCCAAUCUGGUAAGACUAAAUCAAGCUCUUUUCCCACCAAGCCAGAGGAAAAUGGAAUCAUUGUAUCAAAAUGGAUUUGAUGAUGCUACCACGUUUUUACUAAAAGAAAAUUGGUUUGAAUAGAAUCCUUUAAGUUUAUUCUACAGAACAAAACUUGAAGGACUACUGGAAUAGAUUCUAAUUAAACCUGAAAAAUUC